GGCGUGGGAGGGCGCAUGCGUCGCGCGCCGGUACGGAGGCUGCGGGAACAGCGCCAUGAUGUCGUGAAGGCGAGGUGUAAUGGCUGCCGUUUUGGAUACAACAUGGUUUGGCUGCUGAAGCGGGCCGGGGGUGUCUGAAUCAGUGUUCGUGCGCGGUGUGCGAGCGAGAGGGCAGGAUGCACCCGUCGUCCAGGUGACGCUGUCGGCUCCACCCGAGGAACAUGUCAUGGGAUUCUAUAGAGUCGCGAGACUUCCUCGGCGGGGUACCGGCCCACCAGCUCUCGGCAACGCGGCUGCUGAGCUCCCCGGACCCCUCACAUCAUCUCGAUGAACCGCCAGGCUUGCCAGAUUUGCCCGACCAAACAGAGCUGCACUCGUUCGCCGCGGAGUGCGACGAGCGGGCGCCGCGCUGGGGCUCCCGGUUCGGGCCGGCGCACCGGCCGCCGCCCGGCGCGCAGCUGCUCGACUGCUUCCGAGGCUGUCGCGUGCGCGUCCGCCAGUACCUCGCUAGGAGAAAAAUCGAGCGCGGCGUGCGUCUCUACGGGCAAAACGAGCAGCAACUAGCAGUGAAAAUAUGGCUGUCGGCGCUAAGAGGAGUCCGGCACAGGAGCGACCGUUUCGCUCUACUCGGCCAUUUGUACCAGGCUUACAUGGACUUUGGGAAGUACAGGGAAUCCCUGGAAUUCGCCAACCGCCAGCUCGGGAUAUCAGAGGAGCUGGACUCCGCCCCGAUGCGAGCCGAAGCCUACCUCAACCUGGCCAGGGCUCAUCAGACCUUGGGUGGACUGGACAGAGCUCUCUCCUACGCGCGCCACGCACUCUACAACGACUGUGGUGGGGGUUCGACCGCCGGCUGCGUGCACCUGACCGUGGCGGCCGUUAGCUUGGAGCUCGGCGCCUUCUCCAAGGCCAUGGACGGCUUCCAGAAGGCGCUGAGCGUUGCGCAGGCGCAAGGCGACAAUACGCUACUCUUACAGGUCUACGUCGGUCUGUCCGAGCUCUGGCGUCGUCUCCGCGAUGCCGAGCGAGCUGUAGCUUGCGCUGCCCGAGCUUGCGACCUGGGCCGGGGGCCGCGCGCCGCAGACCUAAACACCAGACAUCAUAGAAUGGCGCUACUGCAGAUGGCAGCUGCUUUGAGGGCAAGAGGGGAGCUGGGAGACGCACACGAUUAUUGUAACGAGUCUUUAAGGCUGGCAGCAGUCGCUGGAGACCAGGGUUGCUACGCGCGGGCAGCCCGUAUAGCCGGGGAUGUCUACAGACGGAAGUGCGAUAUUGGGAAGGCUUUGAGGCACUACGAAGUCGCAAUGGGCGCUGGUCAGGCCCUAGGAGACCGUCUAGCUCAAAUGGAAGCCAUGGACGGUGCAGCGCGGUGUCUAGAAGCUUUGCGGAAACAGGGACGCAUUUGUAACUGCCGCCCACUUGAGUUCAACACUAGGCUGCUGGAGGUGGCGACAUCUGUCGGCGCUAAGAUGCUGGUCCGCCGCGUCCGCCUCCGCCUGUCGGAUAUCUACACAGCGCGGGACAACAACGCCGCCGCGCGCCUCAAGCGGGCCGCCGCCGCGUUCGUGGCCCCAGCCUGCGCUCGCUGCAGGGAGCCGCUAGCCACCCAGCCUGAACCGCUAGCGUCUCUGCCUUGUGCUCAUAUAGUGCAUCAAGCUUGCAUGCCGGAAUCGUGGUCGCGGCGCUCGGUCCGCGGCGCGCAGCCCGAGUGCGCAGAGUGCGCGUCGCCGGCGCGCGCGCCGCGCGUGCCGCCGCCGCCCGCGCCGCCCGCGCCCCGGGAUCUGCCAGACCAGGACUUUCCUUUCGGCACUCCGCCCGUGCUGCGAGAAUCUGACCUCAACUCGGUGCUUUCUGACCACAGCAGCCAACAAGCCACUUCUAGCGUCUAAACUCAUUUACACGUAUUAAUUAGUUACAUGCCGCAAUGUAAUGAAACUCGCAUGAAAGCGCACCGUGCAAACGGGCCUUAAGAGUAUGCGCCCACAGGCGACUUUACACCGCGACUUUUUUACCUCUCGGAUGUG